GAGAUUUCAUUGGACAGCGAAGUAGGUCACAGAGAGGCACACAUUUCCCGCCAUAUAAGACUUUCAUACUUAACGUCAAUAAUGUGGAAUAACCAAGGUGGUUUCAGUAACUAUGAUCAGGCUGGAGGGUUCGAUUCUCCUGGAGGCUUCAGCUCCCCACAACAGUCCUCACAGCAGUCCAGGGCUCGUACUAGAACCCAAAACAUUGUUCCAGUGACAGUAGCUAUGGUCCACCAGUGUCAACACGCAGAUGAAAAAUUCUUCAUUGAUGGCAUAGAAAUAGCACAGGUAACAAUAGUUGGAUUGGUCAGGUCAGUGCAACAGGGCAGUAACAGAAUGGACUACACAAUUGAUGACUUAACGGGUCCUCCCAUGGACGUCAGGCAGUUUGUUGACAUUGAUGUAAGUUAG